AUGGAUCCUCGACGCACGGUAUUCAUUGGUGGCGUUCCACGUCCCACAAGAGCUGGAGAAUUAGCCGAAUGUCUUGAACGCCUCUAUGGCCCUGUGUGUUACGUUGGGAUAGACAUCGAUCCUGAACUGAAAUAUCCGAAAGGGGCUGCUCGUGUCACUUUCGUCACAACACAAGCUUUUAUUGCCGCAAUUAAUGGACGCUUUGUUCACGUUCAUCAUGGGGAAUCGCAGAAAAGAGUUGAGAUCAAGCCGUACGUGAUGGAUGAACAGAUGUGUGAUCAUUGUGAGGGGAAGCAGUGUUCUUCGCGCUACGCUCCUUACUUCUGCGGUGGAACGAAUAUUCUAAACUUUGCAACUUCACUAGCAGACAGAUUAUCCCUACAGCAAAACUUACCACUAUCCAAAAUUACAUUUCAGUACUACUGCGAAAAUUGCUGGGAUCGUGUCCAUUAUCACACCGGCUCGAGGCGUUCUGAACAUCGUCCUCUAGUGCGCAUGGGAGAUCAGACUAAGGUAAAUCGUAGAAUAAUAACAAGUAACCGUCACAGUGAUACUAUGAAGGUCCUUGCUCGUCCUCCUCAUCAUAGUAGCCGCACUUCAAGGAACUUUUGCGGCUCUACUCAGGCACGUCACUACACAUCGUACACAUCGCUCAGUGUCUAA